CGGCGCCGCGGUCCGGGGGCUGGAGGGCGCGGCAGGCCGGGCAGAAGCGGCAGGCGGCGGCGUCGUGGAGAGCCAGGCCGCAGCUCCAGCAGGCGCCCGAACCGCGCGCCCGGCAGCCGGCGGGGACCGCCCUCCAGAAGCCGCCCCGCCACCCCCGCCACCGCCACCGCCACAUGGCGCCGCCGCCGCCGCGCCUACAGCUCCCGGCAGCCCCUGGCGCGCCACGCCCCCUUCCCGGCGCCCCUCGCGCGCCGCGUGUGCCGAAAGCGCGGGAAGGCAGGGGCGCCAUGGCCGGGCGGGAGGAGGGGGCCGUCGCCUGCUCUUCCUCCUCCUCCUCCUCCUCGCUGAGCUCCCUGGAGACGCUGCCCGCGCAGGAGACGCCGCUGCUGCCGCCCAUCGCCGAGGAGGAGGAGGAGCCCCCGCAGCCGCCCUGGGGCCGCCUCUUCGCCCUGGCCCCCGGGUUCCGCCCCUUCGGUACGCCUCCCCGCGGUGGGGGUGGGGGGGAGGGAGGGAGGGAGGGGGGCGACACGUGCCCUCGGGCAACCUCCAGCCUCACCGGCGCUCCCGGCCCGGGGGCGGCGCCCGCAGCAGGCGAGGAGAUGGACUGCCCCCCCCCCCCCCCCGCAGAGUGCGCGAGCGCGGAGUGCUGGUUCGGCAGAGACCCCGGCUGCGGCUACAGCUUCUGCGGGCCGGACCUGGCGCAGACGGAGCUCUACCGGCAGUACAGCAAGAGGCACUUCCGCCUCCUCAGGGAACCCGGACCCAGGAACUCCCACGUGGCGUACCUGGAGGACCACAGCGCCAAUGGCACCUUCGUCAACGACCGUCUCGUCGGGAAGGGAAAGAGGCUGCCCUUGACGCACAACGCCCACAUCGCCCUGGCGCUGCCCCGGAACAAAGUGUUUGUAUUUUCUGACCUGACAGUGGACAGUCAGUUAGAGUAUCCCAAGGAGCUCAGAGAGAAAUACAUCAUCUCAAAAACUUUGGGAAGUGGCGCCUGUGGGGAGGUGAAGCUGGCAUUUGAGAGGAGCACCUGUCGCAAAGUUGCCAUCAAAAUCAUAAAUAAGUCGAGGUUUAUUACAGAUGCUUUGCCACAGAUUGACAAGCCUUAUAAUGUGGAAACAGAAGUGGAGAUUCUGAAGAAAGUUGACCAUCCCUGCCUGAUAAAAAUUAUUGACUUCUUUGAAGGAAACGAUUUUUACAUUGUGUUGGAGUUGAUGGAAGGGGGGGAGCUAUUCGAUAGGGUUCUGCCCCCAGCAAGAUUGAGUGAAGCGAUCUGCAAGUUUUAUUUCUACCAGAUGCUGUUGGCUGUGCAGUACCUUCAUGACCACGGCAUUAUUCAUCGGGAUUUGAAGCUGGAGAAUGUGCUUCUAUCAUCUCUAAAGGAAAACUGUCUUGUAAAGAUUACAGAUUUUGGACAAUCCAAAAUUCUUGGGGAAACGUCGCUCAUGCAGACCUUAUGUGGGACCCCCAAUUAUCUUGCUCCUGAAGUUUUAAAUUCUGCUGGGACAGCUGGCUAUGGAAAAUCUGUGGAUUGUUGGAGCCUAGGAGUGAUCCUCUUUAUGUGCCUCUCUGGUUAUCCACCUUUUUCUGAUCAAAAUUCUCAGCCACCUUUGAGAGAACAGAUCACCCAGGGUGAAUUCAUCUAUUGUCCAGAGAAGUGGAAACACAUAUCAAAAGAAGCCUUUGACCUUGUGCAGAAGUUGUUAACGGUGGAUGUUGACAAACGAUUCAAAAUAGAACAAGCCUUGGAGCACCCCUGGCUUCAGGAUAAAGAUGUGAAGCACCAGUUUCAACAGCUGCUGACACAAAUGAAUGACUCAGAACUUACACUUGAAGCUGCAACUUUGCCAUCCACAAGCAGAAAACGGUGCCAUGAGAAGGAAGACAAGGAGGAACUGCCAAUUCCUAAACGGGCCACUCAGACUCCAAGAUGAAAAGCGGAGCGACUUCUUUAAUGGCUGCUGUAGAUUUUCUGUAGAAUUGGAAUUGACACAUCGAUGACUGCCAAAUCAAAAAUUGCUUCCUAAAAAUGGAGAGAGUUGGUGAACUGGGGGAAAUUCUUCUCAGCUUUCCACUUGGGAAUUUGCCUCCUUCCGUAGCUCUUGCAAAUGUUCUUUGAGUUCUUCUGUGGUUUGGGUACCAUAUCUGCACAGCAUCCAGAUGUUCAAGUAUAAACCUCCUGCCCCAUUUUAAACAAGGUUCCUAUCUUGAGGGAUACCCUGCCCUCCAACGCCCUUUUCUUUUUUGUGUGCACUGAUACAGGCUCCCAAGGCAAUGCCUAUGAAUUGUUUUUAGGGGAUCCCUAGAAACUAUCAUUAUUGAUCUCCCCGUUAUACAAUUUCUCUGAGAGACAAAUAAAUUAGUACAAACUACAA